AUGGCUACAUUUCAUCACACUUUUCUCCUCCCACUCCUCCUGGUAACUCUGGCGGCCGGCGGAACAGCGGCAGUAAAAUUCCACGUCACCACCACCACCCCAGCAAUCCGAUCCACCUUCAACCGCCGCAUCGGGAUCCGGUACGCGACGCAGACCAUGACGACAGCCUCCAGCUUCCUAUUCAAGACCUUCCGCCAGCGCGACGUGGCCGACCGAAAGCCCCUUCGAAACGUCACCGUUUUGAUCGACAGCUCCGCGGACCACGGCUUGGUCAACAGAAACGGCACGGCGGAGACCAACGAGUUCCGCAUCGGAAUCAACUGCUUCUCCAACGUCAGCUCCUCCACCGCGGCUGACCGGCGGCGGGAGUUCUCCGGAUUGGUGUACCACUACAUGACUCACGUUUGGGGGUGGAACGGGAGAGGCGGAGCUCCCGCCGGGCUGAUUUCCGGCAGGGCGGAGUACGUGCGGUGGAAGGCCGGGUUCGGGAUGCUUCGAGUCAAGGCAGCGAGCGGCGGCAGCGGCGGGGAGAGGUGGGAUCAGGGGUACUACUUGACGGCAAAGUUUUUGGACUACUGCGACGGUUUAAGGGCGGCGGUUAAUGGGACGACGCCGCCGUUCAUUCCGGGGAUGAAUAUGUUGAUGAAGGAUGGCUAUAGCGACGGGUAUUUUAAGCAGCUGCUGGGAAAGAGCGUGGGCGAGCUUUGGCGGGAAUAUAAAAGUACCGUUGGGAAAGGACCGUUCCUGCCCAUUCUCCACUAA